GGGGCGGUCCCGCUGCUUACUCAAAUUCUGAAUCAUCCUGAUGAGAAGAUAAGCUACAUACUACUUCUGCAAGAGCCCUUAUGUGAAUGGGGAGUUUGACAUAAAAGAAGAACGCCAAACAUGUGAAAUUUAUUUGUCUAUCAGCGUCUUCUGAUGUAGAAGCGUAUUCAUAAAGGUUAUUGAUGCAGGUGCACGUUCUCUUAGAAUGAUCUUCCAAUCAAAAUUAGCCCCAAAGCAUAAUGUGCUUCACGAAAAAAACAUGAAUUUUCUUCUUUCACUUUUGAACAACGAGAAUGAAAAUGUGAGCGAGCUUGCUGCUAGUAUUAUAUCUCACUCUUGUGAGAAGUAUUUAGAGCAAAAGGCCCUUUGUGAUGUUGGUGUUUUGGAGAGACUUGUUAGUCUACUCAAAGGUUCACUUAGUCAGAGGGAUUCUUGUUUAGAUUCUAUAGCAGCAAUCAUCAAAAAUAACUCUGAGGUUGCUACAAAAUUCGCAUGCAUGAACUACGGAAAGGCUCUGGCUUCUUUAACUGAACUAGUACAGGACAGAUCUCCUCGUACAAGACUACUUGCCUCUGUGUGUUUGAUUGCAAUUGGACGCGCUUCUCCAUGCCAUGCCCAAGCUCUGCAAACUAAAACCAAAUUGAUCCUCACCCUUGUUGAACUUCUUGAAGAACCUGGUCGAGUUGGGGAUGAUGCUCCAUUUGCGCUGUCAGAUCUGGUUGCUGGCGAGGAGGAGUUACAUAAGCAGGCAGUUUCUGUCAUUGCUAUUGAGAAACUUUGCAACUUUCUUAAGAAGGGUACAGUACAGGCCAGACGUUUUGAGGGAAUAUUGCUUUCAUUAGCUGAAUUUUGCUCAAAGUUGGAAAAAUGCAGAUGUCAGCUUAUGUCAAUGGAGGUUCUUGACGUAAUUACUGAUGCUCUAAAGCAUGAUUCUGCCGGUGUACGUGUUGCUUCGUGCAUUUGUUUAAGGAGCAUUUCUCGUUCUGUUAAGAAUCUGAGUGCAGGCAAUUUCUCCACUGAAUCGGUUCUUGUUCCCUUGUUCCAGCAAUUGAAUGACUUUUCUACUUCUGUGCAGGUUGCAGCUCUUGACGCCGUUUGCAAUUUAUCAACUGAUUUUUCCCUUCAAAAGUCCCCUUCUAUUCAAUUUGGGGGAGUUACACUACUCGUUGAGCUAUCCAGAUCAAUGGAUUCAGUAAUAAGGUUGAAAUCUUUAUGUGCUCUGAGAAACCUGAUGUUCCUCGGAGACAAAAUAAGUAGACAACAUAUUCUUAUGGAAUUGACGGUAUCAACCCUGGCCAGCCUAUUGAGUGGUUCUGAACCUCUCAUUCAAGAGCAAGCAUUGGCAUUCAUCAGCAAUUUUACUUCUGGAUGUCUUGACAAUAUCGAAUAUGUGAUCACAGAAGAUAGCAAUAUUAUAGCUGUUGCUGUGAGACAAUUGCAUACUGUUUCUUCACCAGAAGUAUGUGUCCAGGGAAUGUUUCUACUAAGCAACAUAGCAGCCGGUAACGAGUCUCAUAAGGAGGCAGUAAUGAACUACCUUGUUCCCAUCCAGGCAGACGGAUGCACCGCUCCAUUCAUUAUCAAAUUCUUGCAGAAUAAGCACAAUCUGCUCAGAACAGCUGCUGUAUGGUGCAUAGUAAACCUCACACAUCCACAGAGUACAGGUUCAGCUUCUCGGGCUGCAAGGCUCCAAGAUGCUGGUGUUAUUUCUCAAAUUAAAAUGAUGGUCAAUGAUCCAUUCUUGGAUUGCAAGUUUCGAGUCAGGAUGGUUCUUGGGCAGUGUGCGUCUUGUGAGAGCAACUCAAUAUGAGUUUCAGUUUUGGCUUUUGCUGUUGUAUAGUUCGAAAAUGCAUUUGCUUCGAACUGUAUUGCAUCUUAUUUAGAUAGAUUUCUUUGGAAAUUGCGCGUCGUGAUGAAAGCACACCCUUCUGAAAUUACUUAAAGAGUAUCGUUUGAAGUAAUUUUUGUCGUGUUUUAUCAGUCACUAUAUAUCGAACCCUAUGUCUCUCUGUCGAUGCUCAUCUUUGUUGUCCAUAGGAUUCUUGUUUUUGGUCAUUU